UGAAUCAAACGAGCAGUACGCCAGCUAAAAUGCAGCCAGUUAUUUACAUUACUAUUCUGUUGUUGGGAUUGAUGUCUAUAAGGGCGCACCCCUUAAAUAUGAAUUUACUGACGAACUCAAGUGCAUCAGAGGAUCUGUUGAGUACAGCUGAAGCAAAGACAAAUACCUCAAGCAAAACUACUCCAACAGCUGAAGUUCAUAUGGAGAUCUUAGAGAAUACGGCAGAGAAUAAGACAACAAAGCAACCCUCAACACUCAAGACUUCCACAGCAAUCCCCAGCUCUAAGAUCACAGCUCAAGAAGAAAGCAAUGUGGAUAUAGAAACUGUAAAGAAGAUAACUAUGGAACCCUCUGAGACACAUUCUUCUACCGUAAAGCCUUAUCCGAAAACUGGAAGCUUUAUACAAAUCGUUACAGCUGCAAGGCGGACAACAAUGGCACCCUUAAAAGCCAGGUCUUCUCUAGUAAAUCACAGCCCAAAGCUCAACGACCAUACCGAAAAUAUAUCUACUCAAAGCGAGACAACAACGGAAAGCUUCAAACCCAACUCCGCAUCAGAUACAAAUCACGAUCACGAUCACGAUCAAAAGAUAACAACUGAUGGAACACCAAUGGGAUUCGAGCCAAGAUUGAGUGCUAAGCUCCUAAAGAUACUCACACGUCUCGGCUAAGUUCAUUUAUACUAAUAAUCUAACAAAUUAGAUAAGGCCAAUUACACUUGACAAUUAGCUGCAUUUCCAAAGGGAAUUAUCUCAGAGCUAAUAUCAAUUAUAACAGAUACUUAAAAUAUGUCGAAAUAGUAUUAAAGUGAAAA